UAGCUGUGGGACCUUGGGCAAAAUUCUAUAUUUCCUGCUUCUAAGCCUCAAUCUCCGCAUCUGUAAAAUUGGGACUUAGGGGAAUAUUAACCCCUAUCUCAUGAGGUUGUUGUGAGGGUUAAUUAUAGUAUGUUACGUUCAACACACGACAGGAGUUCACUAAAUGAGCUUCUUUCUUCCAGAUCUCUGUAUCAUCCACUCCCUUGGCUCAGCCCCACCCCAAUCUGCUCCACCUUCUAGAUCAGUCACCCCCACCAACCCCAAAUCUUCCCCACCCCAGGGAGUGUCACUUCCUCCUCUGCAGUCUCCCAGACCAGUACACAAAGGCUGCUGCCGCCGCCAGAGGAAGGGCUGCUCUGCACGCACCUAUGUGGAGACUAAAGCCCAGAGAGAAAGUCUGACUUGCCACACAGCCAAGAUGGGAUUUUGCCAUGUUGACCAGGGCAUGGUGGCUUUGCCAGUGGUCCUUGUUUUGCUGCUGGUCCUGAGCAGAGGUGAGAGUGAGUUGGACGCCAAGACCCCAUCCACAGGGGAGGCCACAGAAUGGGGGAAUCCUCACCUGUCCCUGCUGGGGUCCUGCCAGCCAGCCCCCUCCUGCCAGAAGUGCAUCGUCUCACACCCCAGCUGUGCAUGGUGCAAGCAACUGAACUUCACCGCGUCAGGGGAGGCGGAGGCACGGCGCUGCGCCCGACGAGAGGAGCUGCUGGCUCGAGGCUGCCCGCUGGAGGAGCUGGAGGAGCCCCGCGGCCAGCAGGAGGUGCUGCAGGACCAGCCGCUCAGCCAGGGCGCCCGCGGAGAGGGUGCCACUCAGCUGGCGCCGCAGCGGGUCCGGAUCACGCUACGGCCUGGAGAGCCCCAGCAGCUCCAGGUCCGCUUCCUUCGUGCUGAGGGAUACCCGGUGGACCUGUACUACCUUAUGGACCUGAGCUACUCCAUGAAGGACGACCUGGAACGCGUGCGCCAGCUCGGGCACGCUCUGCUGGUCCGGCUGCAGGAAGUCACCCAUUCUGUGCGCAUUGGUUUUGGUUCCUUUGUGGACAAAACGGUGCUGCCCUUUGUGAGCACAGUGCCCUCCAAGCUGCGCCACCCCUGCCCCACACGGCUGGAGCGCUGCCAGUCACCCUUCAGCUUUCACCAUGUGCUGUCCCUAACGGGGGAUGCGCAAGCCUUCGAGCGGGAGGUGGGGCGCCAGAGCGUGUCUGGCAAUCUGGACUUGCCUGAAGGUGGCUUCGAUGCCAUUCUGCAGGCUGCACUCUGCCAGGAGCAGAUUGGCUGGAGAAAUGUGUCCCGGCUGCUGGUGUUCACUUCAGAUGACACAUUCCAUACGGCUGGGGACGGGAAGUUGGGUGGCAUUUUCAUGCCCAAUGAUGGGCACUGCCACUUGGACAGCAAUGGCCUCUACAGUCGCAGCACAGAGUUUGACUACCCCUCUGUGGGUCAGGUAGCCCAGGCCCUCUCUGCAGCAAACAUCCAGCCCAUCUUUGCUGUCACCAGUGCUGCACUGCCUGUCUACCAGGAGCUGAGUAAGCUGAUUCCUAAGUCUGCAGUUGGGGAGCUGAGUGAGGACUCCAGCAAUGUGGUACAGCUCAUCAUGGAUGCUUAUAAUAGCCUGUCUUCCACUGUGACCCUUGAACACUCUUCACUCCCUCCUGGGGUUCACAUUUCUUACGAAUCCCAGUGUGAGGGUCCUGAGAAGACGGAGGGUAAGGCUGAGGAUCGAGGACAGUGCAACCAUGUCCGAAUCAACCAGACGGUGACUUUCUGGGUUUCCCUCCAAGCCACCCACUGCCUCCCAGAGCCCCAUCUCCUGAGGCUCCGGGCCCUUGGCUUCUCAGAGGAGCUGACUGUGGAGUUGCACACGCUGUGUGACUGUAACUGCAGUGACACCCAGGCCCAGGCUCCCCACUGCAGUGAUGGCCAGGGACACCUACAAUGUGGGGUAUGCAGCUGUGCCCCCGGCCGCCUAGGCCGGCUCUGUGAGUGCUCUGAGGCUGAGCUGUCCUCCUUAGAUCUGGAAUCUGGGUGCCGGGCUCCCAAUGGCACAGGGCCCCUAUGCAGCGGAAAGGGUCAGUGCCAAUGUGGACACUGCAGCUGCAAUGGACAGAGCUCUGGACAUCUGUGCGAGUGUGACGAUGCCAGCUGUGAGCGACAUGAGGGCAUCCUCUGUGGAGGAUUUGGUCGCUGCCAAUGUGGAGUAUGUCACUGUCAUGCCAACCGCACGGGCAGAGCAUGUGAAUGCAGUGGGGACAUGGACAGUUGCAUCAGUCCCGAGGGAGGGCUCUGCAGUGGGCAUGGACGCUGCAAAUGCAACCGCUGCCAGUGCUCGGAUGGCUACUACGGUGCUCUAUGCGACCAAUGCCCAGGCUGCAAGACACCAUGCGAGAGACACCGGGACUGUGCAGAGUGUGGGGCCUUUGGGACUGGCCUCCUGGCCACCAAUUGCAGUACAGCUUGUGCCCAUACCAAUGUGACCCUGGUCUUGGCCCCUAUCUUGGAUGAUGGCUGGUGCAAAGAGAGGACCCUGGACAACCACUUGUUCUUCUUCUUGGUGGAGGAUGAUGCCAGAGGCAGGGUCGUGCUCAGAGUGAGACCCCAAGAAAAGGGAACAGACCACACCCAGGCCAUUGUGCUGGGCUGCGUAGGGGGCAUCGUGGCAGUGGGGCUGGGGCUGGUCCUGGCUUACAGGCUCUCGGUGGAAAUCUAUGACCGCCGGGAAUACAGUCGCUUUGAGAAGGAGCGGCAACAACUCAACUGGAAGCAGCUCCUAGGAUUCGGCUCAAGACUGGCCUCUUAGGUCUAGAAAGGGGACAAGGAAUCCUGGGAUUUUUGCUCAUAAUCUGCAACAUCUUUCCUCAGGACAGUAAUCCUCUCUACAAAAGUGCCAUCACGACCACCAUCAAUCCUCGCUUUCAAGAGGCAGACAGUCCCACUCUCUGAAGGAGGGAGGGACACUCACCCAAGGCUCCUCUCCUUGGAGGACAGUGGGAACUGAAGGGUGAAAGGAAGGGUGGGUCUGUAAGACCUUGGUAGGGGACUAAUUCACUGACGAGGAGCGGCCACCACCCUACUUCAUUUUCAGAGUGACACCCAAGAGGGCUGCUUCCCAUGCCUGCAACCUUGCAUCCACCUGGGCUAUCCCACCCAAGUAUAUAAUAAAGAGUCUUACCUCAGA